CUCUCUCUCUCUGUCUCAUAAGGAGGAGCUUUCAUUUCCUAAGAGAACACAAAUCACACUCACACACUGCCUGGAUUUAGACUUCUGAAAGUUUCUGCAUGUAUCUCAGAGUUUAAAGCCUAACAUUCCUGCACAACAGUACUGAAGAAGAAGAAGAAGAAGAAGAAGAAGAAGAAGAAGAAAAGAAGAAGGAGAAGAGAAGAUUUUUUCACACAUUCAUUAACAGCAAGGCUCCGUCUCCUCCUGCAGGCUUUCAUCUCAGGAGGGACGCGAUGACCCGAAAGAUACCAGCAGUAGAAUCAUGUCUCCUUUCAUUUCUAUUGGCCUCAAGUGUGUAUCCGCUGAGGGCUGAAUACUCCAGCUGUGGAGAGAAUGAGUUUUAUAACCACAGCAGCAGCAGCUGCCGGCCGUGUCCACAGUGUCAACCAGGACAGGAGCCGUACAUGAACUGUGGCUAUGGUGUUAAAGAUGAGGACUAUGACUGUAUGUCGUGUCCACCGGGGAAAUUCUCCAGGGGAAAAUAUGAGAUUUGUCGUCGACAUAAAGACUGCAAUGCACUGUACAGAGCUACAGUGCUCACGCCAGGGACCAGAGAGAGUGACGCUGAGUGUGGACCCUGUUUACCUGGGUACUACAUCUUGGAAAAUCGUCCGAGAAACAUCUACGGCAUGGUGUGUCAUUCCUGUCAGAAUGCUCCACGGAACACCAAAGAGUGUAUGCGAACGACACCCGUUUCCUCAAACCGUGGCUCAGGAAUACCAUCCACCAGCACCACCACGUUCCCUCACGCUGAAAAAGAUCCAACAGGGCAGGGUCACCUAGCAACAGCCCUUAUCAUCGCCAUGUCAACCAUCUUUAUCAUGGCCAUCGCCAUAGUGAUGAUCAUCAUGUUUUACAUCCUGAAAGCGAAGCCGAGUGGCCAGGCAUGCUGUUCAGGACAGAUGGUGAAAACCAUAGAGGCUCCGACGAACAAGCAAGAGGAGAAAAAAGAAGGCCAAGAUAAUGCUGUAAAAUUCACAGAGAAGGAUGAGUUCAAACCUCCUCCAGCAAAAGCAGUAAAAAGUGAAAACGACGCGUCGUCUGAGAAUGAGCAGCUGCUGAGCCGCAGCAUCGACAGCGAUGAAGAAGCGGCGCAGGAGAGGCAGGGAGCCACUGACCUCUGCCUUUUAUCCCUCGUUCAUCUCACGCGAGACAAGACCUGCUCAAACAAUACCGCCAACAACAACAACAACUGCAGCAACAACAGAACUGUGGGGAUUCACAGUCGAAGGAAAAAAAUCCUGGAGUUGUACGCUAAAGCUUGCAGUGUUGCUGAAGGUCUGAGUCCAGUCGAGUUGCCCUUUGACUGCCUGGAGAGGACGAGCCGCAUGCUGAGCACCACCUACAGUACAGAGAAGGCGCUAGUCAGGACGUGGCGUCACCUGGCCGAGAGCUUCGGAUUAAAACGGGACGAAAUCGGAGGAAUGACUGACGGCAUGCAGCUCUUCGACCGUGUCAGCACGGCCGGAUACAGCAUCCCGGACCUGUUGGCUCGACUCGUCCAGAUCGAGAGGUUGGAUGUAGUUGAAGCACUGUGCUUCGAUAUUCUCGGCGCACCCCCUUCUGGCCAGCAUCUGACGAUUUCUUCACGUUGCGCUAGCGUUUGAGAGAACUGAGAUCCCACAAACUAAGUGACAAUGAAGAAGAUCAAUAUCAAACUAGUGUUGAUAUUCUCAAGAGCAGCGGCUCCUCCUGGGUUUCUUUUCUUUUUUUGUGACUGUAGCGAUUUCUUUUGUCUUUACAGAAGUCCAUAAAAGACUAAUAUUGUGCUGGACACCCAGAAUUAAGGACCUCAUCUUCACCAGACAGCAUUAUCAUCUUCCUCCUGAAUUCAGUGACUGCCUGAAAAUUAGCAGUUAAACAAAUUCAAGAAUUGCAAAAGUUUCUUAAGAAUCUUUUCCAUCCUACAAUGAAGGAUUUCGUCUGAAACAUCAUGAAAAACUGGAUUAGUUACCAGAUUUAAUCCAAUUUUUUUCACAGUUAGGAUGCUGAUAUUAAGCUGAUAUUAAUAACCCUGACAGCUGCAGCUAGCAAAUUGUAUUAUGGCUAAAACAAAAGGGCAGCGUUUUAACUGAAAGAUCUUUUGAAUUGGUUUUAAUUGUAUUUAAAAAAGCAAUUUUUGUUUAAAUUUCCCAAAGCUUCAGAACAGACCCUCGGUAUUUUGAAGUACGCACAGUCACAAUAUUGCGUGUUAAAUAUCGCAAUAUAUAUCGUAUAAAAGAUUAUCGGCACAUGUCUAAUAUAUAGAUAUAUUUAUAGUUCUAUAGGAAGAUAUACGAGAUCUGACGAAAACGUUUUCUUAAAGACUUCAAAGUUCUGUGGACCAAAUGUUGGAAUGAGAGACUUGUGUGUAUGUGUGUGUGUGUGUGUGUGUGUGUGUGAUGCCCUUGUAACCACGGCUAAUUCCCUGGUUCUUGCCCUAAUUUGCUGAAAUUAGUGGCUUUAUGACUUUCGGUAUAAAGUGCCUGCGCUUUCCUGCACCUCAUUAACUAAAGAAAGCAGCGUAGUGGAGCAAGGAGCAACACAGCAGAAGGAAAGUCUACAAGAUGGUUAAUAAGCUUUCAGCCAUUCUGAAAGAGCUCCGGAUCUGUGUUUAUGGUGUGCUGAUGAUCGUUUCAAGCGAUCAGAGUCGAGCAGCGGAACCAUGAGGAAAUGACAUUACACGAUUCACGCUUUUUAAUGUGUGUUUGUGUGUUUCCUUCAUAUGGUGAGCUGUUUGACAGCUAAAUAGAACAGAGCUCCGAGUGGAACCCAAGGACACAGAACGCUCUAAGACAUCUGGUUAAUCUCGCCGUGUACAGACCGCUCAAGUUACCUCAUCUACAGCAGUACUGCAAAACACAGCUUCUCACCCAGUACGAGUGUAUAGAUCAUUAACUUAUUACUGUACAUACGCAUCAUAUUAAAAAAAAACAGCAAUAAAAGAAUUAUUUAGACCGUUGAUUAUUCUGUGGCAUUAUUUUUUAUUAAAUACCAUUUUAAUUAUUUUAUAAUUGAAGAUUGAAGCUGGCAUUCAUGUAAUACAUGAGGACUUAUGUUAAUGUAUGUACUUAUGAUAAUAUUAUUGUGAAUAAAAAAGUGCUUCAUUUAUACUGUAGUCUGAUAAGACGUUUGAAAUUCUCCUCACCAUGACGUGUACAUGACGUCUGCAUGACGUCUGGAUCCAUGAAUAUAAAGCUUGUUUUUAAACCAUGAAGAUGUUCUAAAAAUCAGUCGCAUUACACAACUUCUGGUACCACCAUCCUCGUGCUUCAUCACACACACACAACAGAUACUGUGCACUGUGUGUUCAAGUCCUGGGAAGUUUGUAUUCACGAGUCGGGAAGUCAGAAUUACGACGUCAGGUGUGUUCCAGUCACUUUAAUGCAGUCAGAGCGAGAUUAACUACAAAAAACCACAGCAAGGUUUUUAAAAUGGAGAACAAAGAACAUUUUCAUGCUUUUAGUGACUUUAUGAAGUUGCUGGAAACUUUACUGUUACACAAUAUAUCGUAAUUCUACAACGUUAUUGUAUUUUGUACAGGAAAUGAGUUUGUUUUAUUGUAAACAAUAAAUCCUGACAGAUCUGUCACCGCUAAGCUGG